UUGUACGUUUGCUAAAGCUGUCCCUCUACAUAGCCAACUGAUAUCGCCAAAAGGUAUUAUUUACCAAAGCUAAAGUAAAACCGUCUGGCUGAUAUAAAAAUGCCGUGUGGCAAGAACAUUAGGAAAAGAAGGGAUUCAUCAGACGCAGAGGAAGAUGAGACGGCUGAAGAAGUGAGAUCAAAAUUAGAAGAAGCUAAAGAACUCCAGAGUUUGCGGAAACGACAGACCGGAGUCAGUGUGACUGCUUUGUUGGUGGGAGAAAAGCUGCCGCCAGAGGCUGAAAUUGAUAAUGACCCAUUUAAACUGAAGACGGGAGGAGUUGUGGACAUGAAGAAAAUCAAAGACAGAAAUAGAGACAUGACAGAAGAUGAGACGGACCUCAACCUGGGCACAUCUUUCUCUGCAGAAACAAACAGAAGAGACGAGGAUGCGGAUAUGAUGAAGUAUAUCGAGACAGAGCUUAAAAAGAAGAAGGGGUUGGUUGAAGCCGAAGAACAGAAAGUGAAGGUGAAAAAUGCAGAGGACCACCUGUAUGAGUUACCAGAGAACAUCCGAGUCAAUUCUGCCAAGAAAACAGAGGAGAUGUUAUCCAACCAGAUGCUGAGUGGGAUCCCUGAAGUUGAUCUAGGCAUCGAUGCAAAGAUAAAGAACAUCAUCUUCACAGAAGAAGCAAAGGCUAAACUUCUGGCAGAACAAAGGAACAAAAAAAAGGACCAUGGGACAUCUUUUGUACCAACAAACAUUGCUGUCAACUAUGUCCAGCACAACCGCUUUUAUCAUGAGGACGUGAAUGCUCCGCAGAGGCACCACAGACACAGAGAGGAGCCAAAAGCAAGGCCGCUGCGCGUGGGAGACACUGAGAAACCAGGACCAGAGGCAACGUCACCACCAAACUUCCGCAAACGUCCAAACAAUGAGAAGGCCACAGAUGACUACCAUUAUGAGAAGUUUAAGAAAAUGAAUCGACGAUACUGAAAUUCUGUUUGAUUUUUUUUUUUUUUAAUGACCUGAUGCCCAUGUUAUUAUUUUGAACUUUAAAUGAGCCUCAACAAAAAUGUGCAAACUGGCUUCCAUGGACAGCUGUUUAUCAGGAAACUCCCAAGACGGUGUUGUACUAUGUAAAUAUUAUUAUUAGCUCUCUGGUAUUUUCUGUAUGCUUUUGUUUUGUCAUGUUUUCUGUAAAAGGGAAGUGGGCUCAGGAAUAUCCAUUUGCAAAUUUGAUCAGAUACCUCUCUAAAUUGUAAUUAUUUGCUUUUUACUUUUCUGUUUAAUCCUUACAUUUGGCUGAAGAUAUGCUUUUUGAGGGUUUUUGGGAACAUACCAAAUUUAAAACACAAAACCACAUGCUUUAAGUUGUCCUUUUAAUGUCACCAGUGCUUUGAGGUAUAAAAAAGGAAUAAAGCAACAAUAAAAGAAAGAAAAACAA